UACAAGUUUGGAUAUUAAAGCUUGUUGUGAACAUAUGCUUAAUUUGUGCUCCAAUUUACAUUCAGAAACUAUAACUACUGUUAGACAUCAAUUAGAUAAUUUGAAAAGUCAUGUUAUGCCUCCUGUUGACAAGGUUUACACGUGUCAAGCGUCCUGCAGAGGAUCCUUUCCUUGAUUGUGUAGAAGGUGUAAUGUAUAAAAUUGAAAAUGAAAUGAAGCAACCUUUGCAAAAAUUGGCUGAACUGUGUAAAUUGAGAAAAGAGGAAAUUGAAUUUCCCUUUCAUUCAAACAUUUCUCGUUAUCAAACAAUUGUGGGUAAUCUUAAAAAAUGUGCUCAACGAGUUCAGGAUUCUGAAAUGCGGUUUUUAUUGGUUAGAUCGAUUGACCAUUUAUCUCAUUAUUUCCACGCCAUUUUAAUUAACGAUUUAUUACCAAGAUCUUAUGCUUUUUCCUAUUUACAAGAAAAAAUGAACGAUUAUAAGAAAAACACUGGUGAUAAUUCUAGCCCAAUUGAUUUAAUUAAUCAAAGAUUACUUGAAGUAUACUCAAAAUUAUAUGAGUGUGUUAAAACUGAACAACUUGAGAAGAAGGAAAUUCUUAAAGAAUUAUAUUCUAUUCUUCGAGAACAAUUUAAAUCUGAUCGAGAUUCUCGUUGUCUAAUUUUUGUUGCUACUAGAAAUUGUGCUUCUAAACUUGCUGAUCAUCUUAAAAAAGUGCCUGAACUUCCAAUUUUUUACAAUAAAGAGAAUGUUGGUUAUAUGGUCAGUUCUAAUCAAACUUUAACUGCCGGUGGACAAUCUACACAAGAACAACAACAAAUGAUUAGAGAUUUUGAUACUGGAAAAGUAAAAGUUUUGGUAGUGACAUCAGUUGCUGAAGAAGGUGUAAAUAUUACUGCUUGUAAUUUAAUUGUUAAAUAUAAUAAUGUUGGUUCUGAACGUUCAAUGAUUCAAAGAAGAGGACGUGCCAGACAGAAAAAUAGUGUAUCUAUUUUGUUGGCUUUAGAUACGGGAGUUGAACAGGCUGAAUAUUUGAAUAUGCAAAAGGAGGCUAUGAUGAUGCAUUGCCUAAUGGAUUUACAAGAAACUAGUGAAACAAGUCUUAAAAUUCAAAUUAAUGCAAAACGGGAAGAACGAAGAAAAAUUGAAGAAAGAAAACUUAAAGUUUCGGAAAUGAAACGUUUAAGACUUAAUGAUAGACGCUAUAAACUAAGCUGUCGAUCUUGUAAUAAUCUGAUUUGUAAGAGCACUCAUGUUCGUUCUAUUGCUUAUUCUACUUUUGUGGUUUGUGAUCCUACUGUUUGGAAACGUUCAAAAAUUGACAUUCGAGAGAAGCCGACGAAAGACCAUUUAUUCACAAAAUGUGCCAAAUGGUUAUGUGGGCAAUGUGGUAAUCAAGAAUGGGGAGUUAUUGUGAAAUAUUCAAAUUGUUAUUUACCUCAACUUGGGGCUUCUCUAUUUUCUUUGGAACGUGAAGAUCAAAUAGAUGAAUUAAAUGAAAUGCGUCCAGGAGGAGAUAGGGGAAGAACUUGGCAAAAUAUUCAAGACGAUUAUUUUAAUAUUGAACCGAUUAAUAUGAGAAAUAUUGUAGACAUGUACAGUGCCUUAACCAAUUCUUUUUCAACUUUAACUAAACAAAUGGAUCAACAAGAAUGUAUUGCCAAUAUUAAAUUUAUUGAGAAAAUGAGAGAGAAGAAGAUUGAUAAAAAGAAUAAAAUACAAAUAUUUUUGGAAGAAUAA